GCGCCUGACUCUAACACAGCUGUUGUUCUAUCACUGGCACUGUCAGAACUUGAAUCUCAGUUAGAUUGGCUGUCUUUGGACCGUUCAUAAGCUUUGUUUUACUCCCUCGCAGUUGAUCUUUCUAGGUGCUCAUGCUAUAUUGCGAACUGCCAUCAUUAAACAUCGAACAUGGCAUUGUAUGACGCUGGCUUCAACUCUCCUUCUCUUGUGAACGAUGAUCCUUCACCUGACUACCACGCUCUAGUCCGCAGUAACACCACUGCCACUGGUUCUUCGACCACGAGCAGCGUGAGCUGGGGCUCCAUUGACGACUCGCAGUCCUUAUCCUCCCCCGUGGCCGUCAAGCAGCUAUAUACAACCACUCGACGAUCGUCACGCCGCUCAGAACGAUAUCAGUAUACAUAUAACCUGAUAGCGGGUUCUGCCCCACUCCAAUUUCUGAUUUCUGUAGAACCCGUAAGCGGCAAACCAGUAGCGGGGAAAUACCUUUUCCGCCUCUCUCUAAAAGUCGACAAAACCGAACGUCCCCUUGCUGAACCCAUCUCAUUGAACCUUAGCGUGGACCCCCGCAAGCUCGAGUUUAUCGUGUUCGUCUUUCCCGGAAAAACAACUAUCCCAGCAGGCUGCUUGUGGUCUUAUCGUGUUUGGUUGCGGGUUAACUUCGUGGAUCACCGGAUAUUCGGCGAUGAUGAACUUUGGGUUGGGAAAGAUCCUGAUUUUUCGUCCAUAGCAGAUGCAUCGUUUGCACGUCUCAAAACUGUUAAUGCGAAUUCUCAGCUGUACGAUGGAGUCGUAGGACGGGCGCGUGUGCAGUUCAUCGCAAGGUGGACACACAUAGCGGAAGGGCUGUACAAGUGCACCCUUGAAUAUGAAUCAGCAGGGGUUGGGGGCAUGCUUUUCGAAGAUUUCAGACUCAUACUGCAAGGCGACCCACGAUCUGUCUCAUUUCUGAUAUACACUGUGCCUAUGAGCUCAAUGCCGGCGGGAGCUUCUCACCGGAUACGUGUCUGGCUAAAAACUUUCCUCCCUUUUCCAAACGACCAAUCGUCCAACAUAUCCCUCCCUUUUAACGACUCUUAUGUUUACCAACGGAUAUGGAAGUCCGACUCACUGAAAAUCGGUGCUCGUCUGGACUUUUAUUCCCUGGGUGCCAAAAUGGUCAUGGGCUACUCGAACGGGCCUCCUAAAACUUUCACAGUUUCACAAACCAGGGACAAAUAUGAAGCCAAAGGGAGCAUUGAGCUUGGUUGAUGCUACUCAUGGCUGUUAACAACAUCUGUCAUUGUCCUGUUCCGAUCUUUGCUUCUCUGUUUUUGAAUCCAAGUCUGGGUUGAGCGUUGUAUCAUAAGGUGUCAUUUUGUAUUAUCUUUAUUCAGCUGUACAGA